AUGAUGCUGAUCUGCAGAAGUGAAUAAUGUGAGUGUUGGGGGCGACAGUGCGAUUACUCAGUGUUGAGAGAGACAUCACGCAGAGCCUGGCGCGGAGGAGGGAGAAGGCAUCAUUCUUUCAGCUUUGGUCCACUCUGCCUCGGAGGGCAGAACUCUAAACAGAUACACUGCCAGCAUCAGAAUCGGGAUGAACAUCGAGGUUGGGAACGUUUCUUACACAGGAGCCAUCAUCUCCUGGUCAUCCUCGGAGCCCUGCCUGGAGGACUAUUACCAUGUUAUGUACAGGCCUAACUGGAACAGCAUCUUCUCUGGCUAUCUUCGCUACAGCUUCCACCACGAAGAGAAGGUGCCACGAACAAUCAGCUCCGUGGUGCUGGAACAUCUCGCCCCUUCCACUCUCUACUUCCUGUGCAUCAGCUGUGAGAAGGCUGCCUUCCCCUACAAGCCCUACUGCACCAUGUUCCACACCCUGGAUAAGAGUCCCCUGGCUGCUGGAAGCUCCCUGGUGGACCCCCAAAUCUCCCUUUGGGUGCUAAUGGCCAUUCUGCUGGCCUGCUUCACAGCUGUCUUGGCCUUCAUCUGUCUCCAGUUUUGGUGCAUCCGUUGUCAUGAGCCUCGAUGGUCGUACAGAGCUGGCCACAUGGAGGAAGCCAAUGGCUUGGUGAGAUGGCCCGAGGAGUCCCCAGUGCUUGGUCAGAGGGAGGAAGACCUGCAGGGGCUCCCCCUGGUGGAGCUUCCACGCAAGAAUUCCAUAGCUGGAGCUGAACCAGAAGCUGAAGCCGACCAUGAUGCCCCUGACGUGGGUGCCUUACAGAGGGAGGGUGGUGUUCAGCUCGCUAUACUGCCUCAUCGCGGGGAGUGAGAGGUGGGGAGAAGACAGCUGCAUCACAUAGCCUAAGCCCUCCACACAGUAGGCCUUCUGUAAAAAUGUGUCUAUAGACUACCCAUUUCCUUCCCCUCAAAUGUCAGUGCUACUGUGGAUCGCCUGAGUUGGAUGAAUGCCUGAUGAUGAAACUUCUCGAGCUGGAAGAGAUAUACCCUCAGGGUGUGCAAAGGAGAAACAUGACAUCCCUUCAGCAGUGUCCCAUUAGGAACUGAAAGCAUGAUUUCAAUAUUAAAAUAAACAUAGAUAUAUUAUAGACUGGAAAGUAAAAGUUUGCAUGACAAAUAAAACACAUACUUGAAGAAAA